UGAUACUGCGCCUUCAGUGACGGCGAGCUGAGGUGAAGGAUCUCCCUCGUGCCGCUGGGCGGAUGCACUGGCACCCAAUGCGGCUGCCUGCCUCGUCUGCACGCCGAACUGGAAGUACAAAUUUCCAGCCACCAACCAGCGGGAUUCCCGCCGCAAACACCGGCAGGCAGGACGCCUCCCUGCUUUAUGGAGCGAGGGCAGGAGAGGAGCACGGUCCCGGAGCGGGGAACGCCGCGGGCAGCCGGGGCCGGCUCUGCGCCUGCGCGCCCCGUCCCGGGCGCUCCAGGGCUGUCCCGGGGCGGGAGGGGCAGGGGCGGCGGCGCCUGCGCCGAGCGAGAGAGCGCUCGCUGCUGUCUCGAGUGGCGGGGAUGCUGCGCGCCGCGCUGGGGAGAAGGAGCCGGGGCUGCGGAGGGCUCUGGAGGAGCCCGUGUCCCGCAGCUGCCGGAGGCAGCGCCAGAGCCCUGAGCGCUGCUUCUGCCUCCCCUUCCCCGGGCAGCGGUGGCGGGGCGCGGAGCGGAGGCGCUCCCCCGGCAGGCGCUAGUAAUGUAAAGCCAUUGGAUGGUGUGAAAAUUCUUGAUUUAACAAGGGUUCUUGCAGGACCAUUUGCCACAAUGAAUUUGGGAGAUCUAGGGGCUGAAGUUAUCAAAGUGGAAAGACCAGGGGCUGGUGAUGACACAAGAGCCUGGGGUCCACCUUUUGUUGGGACAGAAAGCAUUUAUUUUCUCAGUGUCAAUAGAAAUAAAAAGAGUAUAGCUAUCAACAUGAAGGAUUCAAAAGGAGUAAAGCUAAUCAAAGAGCUUGCAGCAGCAUCUGAUGUUUUUGUGGAGAACUUUGUCCCUGGGAAGCUGGCUGAAAUGGGUCUAGGUUAUGAAGAUAUUAAAAAGAUUGCUCCUCACAUAGUGUACUGUUCAAUAACAGGUUAUGGUCAGACUGGUCCAGUGGUUCAGAGAGGUGGAUAUGACUCCAUUGCUGCUGCUGUUUCUGGUCUCAUGCAUAUCACAGGGCAUGAGGAUGGUGAGCCAGUUAGAGCAGGAGUAGCAAUGACAGACCUUGCUACUGGGUUGUUUACAUAUGGAGCAAUUAUGGCUGGUUUACUUCAGAGGUAUAAGACAGGAAAAGGACUACACAUUGACUGCAAUCUCUUGUCAACUCAGGUCGCAUGUCUCACUCAUGUAGCAGCUAAUUACCUUAAUUGCAAAAUUGAAGCGAAACGCUGGGGUACUGCUCAUGGGAGUAUUGUUCCAUAUCAGGCAUUUAAGACUAAGGAUGGCUACAUCGUGGUGGGAGCUGGAAAUGAUCAUCAGUUUGUCACUGUGUGCAAGAUCCUGAAUUUGCCUGAAGUUAGUAAAGAUUCCAGAUACAAAACUAAUACACUCAGAGUCCAGAACAGAAAAGAACUCAUUGAUAUAUUAUCAAAACGGUUUUCAGAAAAAGCGACGACUGAGUGGUUGCAGCUCUUUGAAGGGAGCGGGGUUCCAUACGGUCCGAUCAACAACAUGCAGCAAGUGUUCUCAGAUCCUCAGCAUACUGAAUGAUUGAAAAUCCAGCUACAGCUAGCAUAGGCUUCAUUGUUGAAGCUGAAGCCUUAGAUGUGCACUGAAUGGCAAGUGGUGGACCCAGAAAACUUACUGCUGUCUAAAGGAAGAGAAGGGCCAGGGCAGUUGGAUGAAUACUUAAUUCCUUAUAUCUGUUUUAUGUCUCUAGUCAGCCUGGAAACACAAAUUUCCUAGUGAAAGAGCUGCAUGGUCUUUCCAAGAACUCUGUUCUCUUGCAAAAUAAAAGGUUGGCUUCUAUGAAAAGUGUCAGCAAUGAAGGAAAAGUAGGAAAUAAGAAAAAAGGUAUUGUGUAGGAAUCUCAGCAGAAGAACUAUUUUUAAAAAAUAACAUUCUUGCUGGCAAAACCUCCUGGCUUAUAAUAAAGAUUGAAUCCUCAAAUGACAGAACACUUCAUUCCCUCAUGUUAGAAAAAGGACACUGUCUAGCAAAGACUUUCAGUUGCCCAAAGCAGUAAUUACUAGCACUCUGGAAUGAGUCAAGAAAUUGCUUCUUUCUCUUCGAUAAAUUCUGUGACAAGAAUUUAGUAUCCUUCAUGAAAAUCUCCCAUGACUUGCCUGUGGAACUGUAAGAAAAAACCAAAUCUAACCCUUCCCCAAAGAAACAAGCCUUUACAAUUUUUGGAUUCAAUCUGCAGAAUCUGUCAGUUUUCUUCCAUCUGUCAUUUAUUGUAUCCAUAGCUUUCCAUAUUUAAAAAAUAGUCACUAUAAUUUACCACUUUAGAGUAAUAAUUGCUUAUGUCAGCAAUCAAAAUUUUUCCAACAAGAGAAGGAAAUUUAUAUUUUGAUUUAUGUUUUCAAGAAUUAAUACAUAUGGUCACCAUAUAUAUGGCAGUUCCAGUGCUUAGUAUUUAUUUUAAUGUUUAAUGAAUAACCUUGUACUUCUUGUACUACUAUCCCAAAUAUACUACUCAUUCAGGAUAGCUAUGGGAAAAAAAGAAGCAUUUUAUUUGAUCUGUUUGUGUGGAGGGAUAGAAAUUCAAAAGCAUCAUUGCUUGGCAUGGAAACCCAUCUGGUUAAUUCAGUGGAAUAAUUCCUCUUUGGCCAUCAUUCUAAUUAUUAGAUUAAAACAUAUUCUGUUUCUUUUUCCAGUCUGGCCUCUUGUACAUACAUAAACAUACAAUUGAGAAAUUGAAAGAUUUCACUUAGGAAGAAUUUGACCUCUUUCUACCAGCUUCUUCAGUCCUGGAGU